CCAGAAUUAAUCAACAACCUGCACGGUGGUUGCCUUGUGGUGGUCGUUGUCGAGAUAUGCGUGGACAACGGCGUGAGUGAUCCUUCACCCAUAUAAACAGAUGAGAAGGCCCUCCAAUUCAUCCAGGCGGAAAAAAUGUUCUACGAGGUCGCACUGAUCGAGCUCACGGCUCUGCACGGGAGCAAAGGACCACAGGAAGAGUCUUCGCUGGGCUCUGCAGGAUGGACAACCCCAGAGGAGCUCUCGGACCAGGCGUCCCAGGCACAGCACCUCGAGAGGCUGGCCCAGCUCUGCAUCAUGAGCAAACAACCUCAUCUUGCACUAGAGUAUAGUGGCAAGGCUGCCCAGAUCCACCAGAGGGCCUUCGGUAACGAUCACCCGAUAACAGCCAGAAGCCUGGAGCUCAUGGCAACAGUCUAUGCUGAGAUUGGCAAAACUGAAUAUUCAGACUCCUUGGGUCAGUGUGUGUCUGCGCUAUCCAAACGCUUGGCUGCUGCUGAGUCCAUCAGGGACACAGUCAACUAUUUUCCUCCCUUGCAUCGGGAAAAACGCUCAGAGGUUCGCCACAGAAAAGAUUCUCUCCACCAACGGGAUGACAAAGCAAAAGCCAAGUGUAUCAAUGGGAAAAUCCCCGCAUCCAUCCUCAAGAAGCCAAGUCCCACUUAUGGGUCUGACACAGAAGCCACCCAAAGACGGAAAGGCGAGCGGAGAGUUCGAUUCCGGGAGCCGGAGACAACAGUGCAUGCCUAUGAGACACCACCCUCGCGGCCUCACAUGGUCCUUUUCACUUGCAUCUUCCUGAUGAUGUCCUUCGUGGGCAUCGCCAUGUACUGUACAGAUCGACGGCGUCCGCAGCGAGCGUGCGAGCAGCUGGAGGCCGCUCUGGCUGUCUACCUGCUUCACAUGAAGCAGCUUGUGUGGGGUUGUUGGAUAUGGCUGACCAUGCAGUGAUGGGACCGACCGCAUGAGGAGACAUGCGGUAUACAGUACUGCAUGAAACCUACACACAGUCCACCUGUAGCACCCAUGUGUGAAAACCUGUUUGAUUUAUUUGAUCUCCUUGACAUCCAAUGUCCAUGUAGUAGUACACUCUUAGUCCUCACUGGUAAGACAAUUCACAGUAACUAGUGAUUUGUUUCCCCCCUACAAUUACUGACUCUUAUGGAUUACAUGUAUGCAGCUAAGCCUCACUAGUAAAUUAUUCUGCUGUACUAGUACUACUAUAGUGUGUUACUGGGCCAAUUUAUUGGUAUGCAUUUCGCACUAGUAGCCUCCUGGUCCCAGUGUGUAGUAGCCCAGGGAUUUUACCUCACUAGUAUCACGUAGUUCUCUUACAAAUAUGCCAUGCAACUAAUGUGCAGAAAUCUCAUAAAGUAGUGAAAUUGUCUUUUUUUUUUUAUCAAUAAGACACAGCUAUUCUAGUGACGAUAAAGAGUGUACUAGUACAUGAACUUUAGCCUGGAUUGUAAGGGUAUUGAAUAAAUGCUUAAGCAGCUUUCCCAACCCAAGCUCGUAUGUGUACAGUAUGUACACAUUCACACUGUGUUGGUGUCACCGCUUCUUUUUCCUCCCAUUCCCGAGUUUUGCACACUUAACUCACAUAUCGCUUGCCGCACUUUAUUCUUCAGCUGGCCUCUGUUGUAAGUUAUUUACGUUGAAUACAAAAAUUGUGUAUAUGUGACAUGAAAUUGAAUGUGUCUGUGCAGUACACUAACAAGUAUCAUAAUAUUCUGCUUUGUAUUUGUCUGCGAGUGAAAGUAAAUCAACUUAUUGGGCGUCAAAUUAGACACACUUGCACAAAUCGAUAUCGAUAAUCGUGCUCAGUUUUCUUUCAGUUAUUUUGGAGAUGCUUUCCACCAUUACGACGACAACAAAUAACCAUUGUUAAAUUAAUACAUUCUCGGUCAAUGUUGAUUUUUUUUUUUUUUUUUUUAAUCUUUGUAAAGGGUGUUUUUUAUGCAGGGCUGGUACGAGAUCUUGUGUAAGUGUAUUUAAUGUGUCCUCUGAGUGUAUUUGGCAGCUGUAAUUCGUGUGAAAUGAGGAGGAGGACACAAACUGCUUGCAAAAAUUGCUACAAUUUGUCUGAAAAAUAUGCCCGAUUAUAUAAGGUUUCAAACUAUUUACAGUCAUCUGUGGUUGAGUGACAGCUGGAGCGUGUUUAAUUUCCAGCAUAUGAAGACAUUUUGAGACCAAACACAAACGACAGAUAGAACCAAUUAUGAUAUGAGGCCCGUUUAUCAAAGCAUAAUUCAAACCACCAUAUAUAUUUAGGCCCGCGUCACAUUGUACCUCUCAUUAUGAGCAAUAACACAUUUCCCAUAUUUACCAUUAAAGCCGAGUUCUUCGUGUAAUGGAUUUCAGGGAAUGUGGAUUACGUCAAAGCAAUAUCUUUUUGUUGAAUCUUUAUUUUUUCUGCUUCCUGAGACUCUGAAGCUGCCGUCUCAGGCUAUAUAUAAUACUUGUAUGGAAACAAAGAGGGUACAGUAUAUGCACUCUUGUAAACAGAGCUGUCAAUGUGAAGAAUUUGUAUGCACAUUUACCUUUGCCGCAUUUCGGUCACUUUGUUAGAAGUGCCUUUUUGGACUGAUUUCUUGGUUCCUUCUCAUUUGUGAUUUCAGUUUGUUUUGAAUAAAACUCAUGAAAUGGAUAUUGACUUUGAUAGA